AUGGGAAUAUUUGUGGAAAGAACAAAGAACAUACUCGUGACAGACACCAUUAUUCACCAGUACAGAUCAAAUGUCUAUGGAAUCUUUCUUGAGAAACGCAAUUACAUUAACGAUUUUUGUCAUAUGAUAGUAAAAUCUGCGAAGGAGAGCAUUUGUAACGGGCACGAUGACCUUGAUAACUUUCAUUUGGAAGAUGUCAUCAUCGAUAAAGAGUGUGAGGAUGAAAAGUACACGACUGCUCUUAGUCGUGUUAUAGAAGCCAAUAAAGGUAAUAUCAAAUCUGUCACCAUUCAAAAAGAGAAGACGAUUGAAGAUGAAAAGGCAGACUCCAUAAUGGCAGCUUUAGGUCUUCAGACUAUAUAUUCCAUUGAGAAAUUGUACAUCUGGGGAGAAAUACCAAACGAAUUACUCCAAAGUCUUCUGCAAAAUUCGAAAGCGACUCUCAAAUGUUUAGAAUUAUGGGACAUGUCUCUGAGCAGCAUUGAUACCAAUCUCAUUUCGAAACUAGACAAUUUAGAAGGUGUGUCGUUGCUUGGAAUCGUCGCUUCACAUGAUGUACUCAAGGAAUUGAUGUCUAAUUUUGAGAAACGUUUCAAACUGCAACAAAUAAUAUUCAAUACCAUGAAGUGCAUUGACCAUUCAGAGUUCUGUGCCGGUUGUGAUCUGAGGAUUUCAGAAAAGUCAAUGCCCACAUUUUUUAUGCUAGAUAAAGUUCAUGUCAGAAACAUACAUGUAAAUGCUAAAAAACUACAACAUUGUGUAAUUGAAUGGCUAGACCCUCCAAGUGCGCUCGUAUCUUUUCUGCAAUGCCUGAAAAAUGCACAUAACCUCGAAAGAUUCGAUUAUGAGGGUCAUACAAAUGCCACUGACACACAUUUUCUUCUGGAAACAGUUUCAAAGCUCAUACAUCUUAAGUAUCUUAGGCUUCGACUCGUAGAUUUAAAUGAAAGCUAUGACAUAAAUAUCUCAAAUCUGAAGAACCUCAGGCAUGUACAUUUGUGCAAUGUGACGAUGAAAAAUGAAAUACUUAAAAACUUCAUUACCCAGGUUGCAUCAAUUGGCACAUCAAUAAUGGUUCUGAUAGAUGACUGGAAUGUUUCGUCGUCGUCAGACUAUCAUGAAAUUAAAGAAUGGAUGCGAUCAUUUGCAGCAAUACAAAUCCUCGGCGGGGAAGGCGAACUAAACGGCCAGUUGCACUUUAAAACAUUGGUUACACCAAGUAGUACUGUGUCUCCUAAAACAUUUUCAAGAAAAGAUGAUAACGCAUGGAGUCAAUGUCUUUGCAAAACAUCACAAGAGGCACUAAACCUUGCAGACGUCUUGUUGAAGAACAACUCAGUGCCGACGGAAGACGCUCUGAAUAGGUUAUGUGAACACUUUGGAAAAAAAGAUAAAUUCUUUUUGCAUCUGUGCCGUUGCAUUUGUGCGUACAUUAAAAGUAAGAGUAGAAAAAUAGUGCACGUUUACUCUUCGUACCAGAUGUUACACGAGAACGAAAUAGUCUUUGUCGUGUUUGUCAAGGAGAGUUUGUCUAAGAGCGAGGAAACCAAAAUUAGAAACAAUUGUAAGGUCGAAAUAAGAUUGAUAGAUACAUACAGCCCUGAAGGGAAGUUAGUAAUGAACAGUAAAGAAAACUGUGACUCGGAAUUGUCUGUUUCAGAAAUAGAGACUGUAAAACGCUGUCUUGACAUAUUUGCAGCAGAGUUAAUGAAAAAGCAUAAAUACCUUUCACUGAUUAGAGCAAGCCCUGUGCGCUCGAAAGGGUAUGAAAAAAGUGAAGGAAAGAUUGGGAAAGAAACCUGUAUUGCACUGUAUGUCCCAGCAAAGAACUACAUACCAACUGACGAAGAACCUUUUCAGUCAAAUUAUGACGGUAUACCAAUCGACGUAAGGGAAGGUGGUUUCGUUUUAUAUACGUCUCCUAGAGCUGAUGAGCGGCAUGAACAUAUAAAAAUGGGAUGCAAGAUCUCACGGGACAAACUCAAAGGCGCUGAAUUUAGUCAUAUGUCAGGAACAUUGGGUGGGUUCGUUCAACAUCCCAAAUAUGGCUUGUGUGGGUUUACCUGUGCCCAUGCUUUGCUGCAUUACUUAGAAUUAGAAGAAUUGAAGGAAAAGGGAGGGAUUCUGCAUUGGCCGUAUUUUGGAGAGUUUGAAGCCAUAAAUCAGCCAGAAAAUGCACUUAAUGUGAUUGGCCGACUUGUACAAGCUGUGUAUAAAGAAGGUGUCAACGGUGGUACUGGAGUAGAAGUAGCACUCUUCCAAAUAGAAAGAAGACACCCAACUAAUGGAGAUUUUCCACCUUCGCAAACACAAGCUGGGCAGGACCUGCGCUUUGAGUCUGGGAAAACGUUCGGAUGUUCACGUCUAAACGCCGACGAUAUUGUCAAAUUCGGGUGUAAAACAAACAAAACUUUUGGAAAGUUUUUAAUGAAACAAGGGACAACAUGUGUAAGAACUCAAAAGCAUAAACUCAAAGUGCAAACUAAUUUCGAAGUUACACUAUACAACCAGCUAGAGGUAAGGUCAGUACCAGAUGCCAAUGGCAGAACAUGUGACUUUGCGGACUUUGGGGACUCUGGAUCGCUAGUUUUUAUGAAAGGCGAAGACGACGAGUAUGUUUGUGUGGGCAUGCUAGAAGGCGGAACUUCAGAUGGGACUGUAGUUGUCACACCCAUUGCACCUAUCUUGGAACAGUUGGAUUUAUCCAAACUCAAAAGCUUCAAGAAAGAGAAACAAGCCCGUGAGUUGCAAUUCAUUCAGCGUGAUGUACGGACCAUUUUGCAAGAUAUACAGGAUUUAAAGGCGAACAUGCCUCAGGCAGGCCAAAACACCCGGAUCCAGAACCAAGGAAACAACAGCAAUAUUUAACAAAUCAUUUCAAAGGUCAACACUUUACGGAAAAUAUCAGUUGAAUACUCUGGCGCGCAUAUCAACCGAGAAAAAUAUCAUGUUACAAUAACGCAUUUCGUUGCUAGCAGACGAACAGAAACACAUAUAAAAGAAGCAUCGAGUUGGUGAAGUUAAGGACAUUUCCGAGACUUGUUACUGCGCAUUUGCCGGUCUGAUGUUUGCUGUUCUCAUCUGAGUUAAAUUCUUGUUAGCCGCAUCGUCACUUUGCUUUAUGAAACAAACUAGAUGUGCAAAUGUUUUAGAUAGCAAAAUCCUAGAAAGUAGUUCAUCGCCGUUUGAAUACAUCUGCGGAUGUCUCUAUAGCAUGUGUAAAUGUUGAGUUCUGCUCAACCCGGGGCUAGAGGGCGUGGACGGUAGCAUGUAUUUCCACUACCGUCCAUGAACAGGCUCAAUCAAACCGAGCCUGCAACAUUUUCGUUUUUGUCGUGUUGAGCGACCUGUGAAGUUUCCACUUUUUUCUAUUUUUCUGUCUAUAGGAAAGGAAAAUGCAACGCAUAACGGAAAUGCCUGUGUCAAAUUUUUUUUUAAAAAAAAGACCACUAAAACGUUAUUUAUUUCUAUGCUUAUUACAAUGAUACAUUUAGUUUUUUAUUGUUGUUAUAUGUGAAUGAAAUCAUACUUAAAAACAUUGUUGCCAGAGAUAUAAAAAACAGAUCUUAGCUCCACUGUUCGAAGAAAAGUAUAGCCAUUGCACUCGCCCCGGUGUAACAUUAAAUACUGACCCCGUUGAAAAUAGACCCCAUGGAUCCUUUUUCAACGUUGAGUAUUGACCCCGUCAACAUUUAAACAUUAAAUUUUUAUCAGAAAGGUCCCUUUCAACAUUGAGAAUUGAACCCGUCAACAUUUCAACAUUAAAGUUUGAUCAACGGGGUCAGUUUUCAACGUGGUCAAUAUUUAAUGUUACACCGGCGUCGGCAUUAGCGUCGCCGUUGGUUUAAGUUUUUGAUACAGUCAAAUAUCACUGUUACUAUCAAAGCUAUUGACUUGAAACAUAAAAUAGUUAUAUACUAUCAAAGUCUUCACCAGGAGAAACAAUCCCACAUAACUCUGAUUGAAUUUUGUGUUUUGCCCCUUUUUAACUUAGAAUAUUUUGGUUAAAGCUUUUUAUAAAAUAGAAAAAGUGGGAAGUCAAAUAUCUCUGUUACUAUCAAAGCUUUUGACUUGGAAAUUAAAACAGUUAUUUACUGUCAAAGUCUACACCAUAACUCUUAUUUGAAUUUUGACAGGGUUAUGCCCCCUUUUAACUUAGAAUUAUAGCUCUUAUUCAGAGUCAAGCACUAAGAAAAGUCUAACGUGCUGUCUUACGGACAGCUCUUGUUUUAAGUAUUUAGUCUAGAAAUUAGCUAUGUUUGUAAACAUGAGUCGUAAUCCAAGUAAUUAGUCUCAAUAUCUUAUAAAAAUAACUUGGAUACCCAUAUUUUUAUUGUUUCCUUCAAUUUGUUGUAUAUGAAAUAAGCAUCGUGUACAGUAAAAGAGAAAAAGUUGCCAGUUGAAAGAAUAUUACAAAAUGGUUCAAUUUCUGUAACAUAUUAGUAUAUACGAGAAAUUUUCUCCGAAAUGAAAACAGGUAUAUCAAUAAUUAUUAUUGAAUUCAUAUAACUGGUUUUAUCAUUUAUGUAAAACUACAACAAAAAGAAGCUGUAACGGAAAAAUAUUGAAGACAACCUUCAUAACAAUCCUAUACAUUUUCAAAGAUACUUUUAUGCAAUUGUUUUUGUGAUAGUUCUUCUGUUCUUCUGUUAGGCGUUGAUUUCUUUUUGACAAUAAUAUUCUGUUUAAAACACACCCAACAAAAACAAUAAAUGGUUUAUAAGUUUUAUUUACAAGAUGAACAACAAUUUUUAUUGUUUUCAAUCAGUGUACAGUGAUGGCAUCUAUAAAUUCAUCUUGUGUUUAUAUUACAUUUCUGCCUCGAGUUGCUGAUUUUCGAAACUAGGCGGUCUACAUAACAGAUGGAUUAUAUAUGAUGGUUGUCCUGGUGAACAUUAUUUUUUAUUGAUCAUUCAGUUAUACAUAUACACAUCAUACACAUAUAUUGUAAGUAUUCUUAUACCAUAAACCUUAAGUGAACUUGUAUUUUCUGAAACUUUGGAUGUUUUGUGAUAAUGAAUUUAUGUUUAUUUAGCUAUGUGUUUGCAGAAGUCUUUCAUGAAUAUAUCAUAUGUAUUCAAACGCAAAUAUAUGCAUAUUAUAUAUUAAUAGCUCAAAAUGUUUGUCAGCUUAAUUUUUUUUUCUUAUUUGUCAGUUUACAAUUUUAAUUAUUAUUAUUAUUAUUAUACCAGAUUUACAUAGCGCCCUUUUCAUGAUCAAUUUCACGUUCAAAGGCGCUUUACAAAGUUCAAAUGCAGCCACACAGGGCGCAUAAUUCAUCAUCUACUAGUACAGACACAGAGCGAUCUGACCAGAGGGACAGAGUGAGACAAAGCCCCCACGACAGAGAGAUCAGAAAUCAGAUACAGGCUUGUCCAGCUAACUUAGCCUAGCUCGUUGCGAAUAGACAGCCUGGUUCUUUAACGUGCCUAGUGUAUAGCACUGAUACACGCAAGGAUUGCCUGGGUUCCUGACCAGUACACCUCUAGUUGGCUGGGAAACACUGAAAAGCGUUUCUGAAAAUUCCCGAGUUGCUGCCGGGGAUCGAACCCCCGACCUUAGGAUUGGAAGGCCAGUGUGCAAACCACUGAGCUAUCCGUCCACCACAUUUAUUACAUUUGUCAACUUACAAUGUUAUUAUAAUUGUCGACUUACAGUUUAAUUACAUUUUUCUUUGUGACUUAUAAUAACAUGUUAUAUUUUCUAUGGUAGAACAUUAGUGCCAGUUGUAUGCUAUUUACUAACUCAAAAUUUCUAGAUACUAACUAGAAAUUUCGAGUUAUUAAGUCAAAAUUUUGAGUAACAUAUUCGAAAUUUUGAGAUACUAACUAGAAAUUUCAAGUUAUUAAGUCGAAAUUUCGAGUCAGUAAAACAAACGUUUUUGAAAUUGCUACGCUAAUUAGUUACAUGAAACUUCGAGUAGUAUAGGCUUUUAGCUUUGUAUCUGAAAAUAUGCGCGAGUUCUGCAUCAGAAAUAUUGCGCGACCUUAGGAGCGCAAUAUUCUUUGCUUAAAGAACGAUGCAAAGAUAAUAACCUUUCUUUUACACAGUUAUCUACACUUAUAAAUGUAAUGUAAAUAUUAUGAAUAUGUUCAUUAGUCUGCAUAAGAUUGACAAUACUGAACUAAAUAAAAGCAUUAUUGCAACGACACACAUUAAAUUACGUCACACACCCGACAUGAAUUCAGGCGUCAGUGUAUGGAAAAAUGUCGGCGUUUCCGGUACCAUUGUAACUUAACGGGAAAUAUAAAGGAAUAUAUAAUCAGUACAUGUAUAGGUCCUGGUCGGAUUAGGUACCUUGUGUAGCGCACAAAUUGCUGUGAAAGAUCUUAUAAGAUGACCGGACAGCGUUUGCUGAAAAAUAUCAGUUUUAACCAUGUUUAAUGUGGAAGGUUUCCGACCUAGUUUGAGUCCGUAUGGCUAUGGAAUAUAGACAUAUUCUACAUAAAGGUAUAGUUAUGAGUCUGGCCAAGAUCAGAUACCUGAGUAGCUCAAGAAGUUGAGGACAGAUCAAAGAAGUUGACUGGGUAGUGUUCGAACUUAAAAUAUUUCACUAUUUUGACCAUAUCUGGAAGGGUUUCGAAAUCUGGAGUAGCUCCAGAGACUAGGAGUUGUCUCUAGAGACAUGCAUUGAUGUAUGGUAGUAUAUGUUCAAGUCGCUACAUUCUGGGUACUAAACAAGUAUGUGUAGUUACUAGUAUCACAUUAAUAUCUCUGGCUUUUGACAGGCGGACAAAUAUUAAAAUUUAGCGGAUGAAAAGGCAAGAAAAUAAGUAAAACUUUCGAGUUUAACUUAAUAAAUGAAUGGCAGCUGGCGCUAAUGCUUUUCUGUUAGUUUUGAAAUUACGAAAUGUAUAGAAUAUUAAAUUGCAAAUAAAUAAAAAAUUCUAAAAAACGUUUA